AUGGGCCUCCUCAACCGCCUCCGCGUGCCCACGGCGGCCGGCACCCCCGAAAUCCACGGCCGCGACGCCCUCCUCAACAACGAUGACAUCCGCCCCCUCAAGCUCGCCGACCGCACCUGGACGCAAUGGACUUACUUUACCUUCUGGUUCUCCGCCGUCGCCACCGUCUCCAACUGGUACGCCUCCUCGACAGCCCAGGCCCUCGGCCUCUCCAUGUGGGAGUCCCUCGGCUGCGCAUUCGGAGGCCAGUGUCUGAUCGCCAUUAUCAUCACCCUCAACGGUCGCCCGGGAGCCACCUAUCACGUCGGCUUUCCCGUCUUCUGCAGGACGGCUUUCGGUGUUUACGGCGCGUGGUGGCCCACGUUCAACCGUGCCGUCAUGGCCAUCGUCUGGAACGGCGUCAACGCCGUGCAAGGAGGCCAGUGUAUCUAUGUGAUGCUCCACGCCAUCAUCCCCGGCAUCGCCAAUAUCCCCAACACCAUGGGCGAAGGCAGCGCCCUGACGACGGCGGGCAUGAUCGGGUUCGUCAUCUUCUGGCUCAUCACCUGCGCGUUCCUGGUCAUCCCCGUCCCGAAGAUGAAGGGACUCGUCUACGCCAAGCUCGUCGUCUUCGUCAUCUCCGCCAUUGCGAUGCUGGCAUGGACGUCCACGAAAGCAGGCGGUCUCGGCCCCGUCGUCCGACGAGGAGGAACAGCCACGGGAUCCAAGAGAGCCUGGCUGAUCGUGCAGUUCUUCAUGCUCGGCGCGGCCAACUGCGCCACCUUCGCCAGCAACGCGGCGGAUUUCCAGCGCUACGCCAAGAAGAAGAACGACGUUAUCCUCGGCAACAUCUUUGGGUUUCCGGUCUCCAACUUGAUCGUCGCUGCUGUGGGAAACCUGGUGUGUGCGUCGAGUGAGCUGAUCUUUGGCGAGUUGGUCUGGAAUCCGGUGACAAUGUUGGAUAUGCUUCAGACGGCGGAGUACACGGCUGCGAACCGGGCGGGAUGCUUCUUCAUCGCUGGUUGCUUUGCUUACUGCUGCAUCUUCUCGUCCAUCUUUGAGAACUCGCUGCCUGCUGGUAACGAUAUCGCCGCUUUGUUUCCGAAGUAUCUUACCGUCAGGAGGGGAUUCUUCGUCUGCGCUGUGCUGUCGUUCGCCAUCAACCCCUGGUUCCUUCUGGGUUCCGCUUCGGUAUUUGUGUCAUUCCUCUCAUCCUACCAGACCUUCCUGUCCGCCAUCACCGGUGUGCUGUUGGUCAAUUACUACAUCAUCGGCCGCGGCCGCAUCCACAUCCCGGACGCCUUCACCUCGAUGAAGACCGGCGCGUACUACUACACCCACGGAUGGAACGUGAGGGCGUACGUGGCGUACAUCAUCGGCAUCAUCCCGAACUUCUACGGGUUCCUCAACAACAUGGGCGUGUCAGCACCCGUCGGCAUUUCGAGGUUUUAUUUCUUUGCAUACUGGGUCGGUCUGGCCUUGUCGGGGUUCAGUUUCUGGAUCACAUGCAAGAUCUGGCCGCCUCCAAUCAUGGAAGAGAAGUGGGCUGAGCCGAGGGAUUAUGUUCGGCCUGAGGAGGAUGAAGGGGUCAUUGAGGCGGUACCUAUGCCUGAAAACUUCGACACGAAAGGGCCAGAUGAGAAAGUGGCGAUGAAGGUGUAA